AAUGAAAAGGAUAGGAUUGUAUUUUAAAUGCAAAAAGAGGAUUAGCUUCCGACUAUAUAAAGCCGCCAUGGCUUCUUCUCAAUCACCAACACCAUUACUCACGUUCCCCUUCUUCAUUUUCCAUUUCCGUCAGCUUCUACCAUAAUCCACAGGCACAUAAUACUUACAGAAUAGGAAGCAGAGCAGAGAUGAAAUACGUGUUGGUAACGGGAGGAGUGGUCAGCGGGCUCGGGAAGGGCGUCACUGCCAGCAGUGUCGGUCUCAUCCUUAAGGCCUGUGGGCUUCGCGUUACUUCCAUCAAAAUAGAUCCUUACUUAAACACUGAUGCCGGAACCAUGUCUCCUUAUGAGCACGGGGAAGUAUACGUCUUGGAUGAUGGUGGAGAGGUUGACCUGGAUCUUGGAAAUUAUGAGCGUUUCCUCGAUAUUAAGUUGACACGAGACAACAACAUUACUACCGGGAAAAUUUACCAGUCGGUUAUUGAAAAGGAAAGAAGAGGAGAUUAUUUGGGAAAGACGGUACAGGUUGUACCUCACAUUACGGAUGCCAUUCAAGAAUGGAUUGAACGUGUAGCAGCCAUUCCAGUCGAUGGAAAAGAUGGCCCAGCUGAUGUUUGUGUCAUUGAACUGGGUGGCACUAUUGGGGAUAUUGAAUCAAUGCCCUUUAUUGAAGCCUUGGGACAAUUUUCAUAUCGUGUCGGGGCUGGGAACUUUUGCUUGAUACAUGUCAGUCUUGUGCCUGUUCUGAAUGUAGUUGGUGAGCAGAAAACAAAACCAACACAGCACUCUGUUAGGGGACUACGAAACUUGGGAUUGACACCAAAUAUUUUAGCAUGCAGGAGCACAAUGAAACUUGCUGAGAAUGUCAAGGAUAAAAUAUCUCAGUUUUGUCAUAUUCCGGUAGAAAAUGUCCUAACUCUAUGUGAUGUAUCAAACAUCUGGCAUGUUCCUUUGCUUUUGAGAGACCAGAAGGCACAUGAAGCAAUAUUGGGAGUGCUCAAUCUUAAAGGGGUUGUAAAGGAACCUUCCUUGGGAGAAUGGACAAGGAGAGCUGAGCUCUGUGACAAGUUAUAUGACCCAAUUAAAGUUGCCAUUGUUGGGAAGUAUGCAGGACUCUCCGAUUCUUACCUCUCUGUCGUGAAGGCUCUUCUGCAUGCUUCUGUUGCUUGUCACAGGAAGCUUUGCGUGGAUUGGGUUCCAGCUGAAGACCUUGAAGGCAUCACCGCAGAGGAGAAUCCUGAAAAUUAUGGAAAAGCUUGGAAACUAUUAAAGGGAGCUGAUGCAGUACUUGUUCCUGGAGGAUUUGGUGACAGGGGAGUGGAGGGUAAAAUACUUGCAGCUAAGUAUGCACGUCAAAAUCGGAUUCCAUAUCUUGGAAUAUGUCUGGGAAUGCAAGUAGCAGUAAUUGAGUUUGCUCAAUCAGUUCUUGGUAUGGAAGAUGCAAACAGCACAGAGUUCGAUCCUAAUACCGCAAAUCCAUGUGUUAUCUUUAUGCCAGAGGGUUCAAAAACCCACAUGGGAGGAACUAUGCGGCUUGGAUCUAGGAGGACAUUUUUUCAGGGUAUGGACAGUGUAUCAGCAAAAUUAUAUGGCAAUAGGAGAUUCGUUGAUGAGAGGCAUCGCCAUAGAUAUGAGGUGAAUCCUGAUAUGGUAGAGCAGCUUCAAGAUGCCGGUCUCCAUUUUACAGGCAAAGAUGAAACUGGAAAGCGAAUGGAGAUUGUUGAGCUUCCAAGUCAUCCCUACUUUGUUGGAGUUCAAUUUCACCCCGAAUUCAAAUCAAGACCCGGAAAACCUUCUGCACUAUUCUUAGGGCUCAUAGCAGCAGCAGUUGGUCAACUAGAUGUCCUCCUAAAGAAGGGUGUGCCAAAGCCAAAUGGCAUAAUUCACAGCAAUGCCUCAAUAAAGCCGAAAUACAAAAUAGGAACCAUCCUUCCAAAUGGAUCUUUGGAAAUAUACUGCAAUGUGAAUGGCAUCCAUGUCUAACGAGGAUGCAGACGGUCGGAGUUAUGCUGAGCCACUUAAAGUUGUCAUCCCCUUUAUAGUUUCUUGUCGGCUUUUCUGUUGGAUUAAUGUUAUGUAAGUAUAACCAAUCUAUAGUGAGUUACCCUACAGCUUGUCUUGUUAACUGAGAGUGUAUGUAGAGCAGAACUGGUUUCCGGCAUUUUUUGUGCGGAGCUGGUCUGUUGUAACCACUGCCACGUGCGGGUUGGAAGACUGAAAAUUAAUUAGUAAAAGGGGUUUAGAUUAUCAUUAACUGCUGUUAAGAAAAAGAUUUGCGCGUGUAGUUUUGUCAUCAUUGAUGUCUUACAUAUAUAGAUUGCAAUCG